AUGCGACUUGAAUCUACCCGCAUAUCUGCCGUCCAUCGCCACGGCUUGAAUGCGCUGAAGUACGGCACCUACGGGGAGAUGAAGUUGUCAAACGACGCUCACUCGAAUGUCUUCAAACCCGUUGGCCUUCUUCUCAAGGGGUCUGAUACAUCUCAGGUCGCAGGGCUGCCUUCGGGUGUCCAACCGCGGGGCUGCGAGGUCGCGAUAGCCUAUACCGAGAAUCUCGGCACCGCCCUCAGCCUCCGAGUCCAAGACGCCGCCCAGAAGACGAACGAGACCGAGUGUUUAGCGCAGUCCUUCUAUGUCCUUUUACACCCUUCUUUGCAAAAAGAUCGUAGCUAUUCCGUCAAGGUUAUGUUCUACGUCAUACCCACUCUCUGUCUCACCACUACCGCCUACUGGGGCUACCGCCUGCAAUACUCAAUGGCCGCCUCGCGAUUUCGAGACGCCGCGGUCAGCAGUGUCUACAUCAACUGUACUGGUACACCGGAAACCCUCGCCCCGAUCGCGCACAACGUACCGGACGCAACAGCAGCCGUCUUGAACGCGGCGCACGACCUAGUCAUAGCCACCGCCAUGUCUCUCACCAUCAACCUUCUUAUCAGCGACGCUAUCAUUCUUUGGCGUGCAGCGAUACUCUACCCAGCUCGCCGGGUCCUCAUUUGGGCCGGGGUGCUGCUCACUUCAAUCACCUUCGGCUGUGCGGCCACGGCGCAGGAAAAUCAGGAAAACCAUGCGCACUAUGCGUAUCCGAUGAUGUUCUUUAUGAACAAUGCAUGUGGGAUGGCCUCCGCCACCCUGUCCCUUAUUACCAACGUGGGCGCGGUAUAUCUCAUUCGGUACAAAGCAUGGGAGCACAAACGCGACUUGAAGUGCCUUCUGGGCGAAGGAAGGACCAAGAACACGCAUGUGCUGAAGAUCCUUCGCCUUUUUGUUUACCUCGGCACGAUGUACUGCGUCUUCUGGCUCUCAUACGUCGUGUUCCUGCUUGUCGUCAAGUUCCGUCAGAUCCCGCCCCCGCCCCUCGUUCCGGCGCCCUCGAAUCCCACGGCAGCCCCGACUCUCUUCUGGAUCAUGGUCGACACCGUGCUCGGUGCCACGCUCGUCCCCGUUGUGGCUGUGUACCCACUGCUGAUGAUCGUGCUCGUCGCGCUGGACCAUCCGAACCCCGGGACCUUGCCCACGCUCUCGCUGAACCACGCGUCGUCGUUCGAACCAGCCUACCCGCCACGAUGUGCGCUGUCCGCAUCCGCCACACUCUCCUGGACGACGAUCGCGGACGCAGACGCGGGCGCGAGCAACCUCACCCGCUGCGAGAUGUCGAUGCGUGGUGGCGGCGACUGA